UAAUUAAUACUUCACUCGACCAAAUCUGUACAAGAUCGGUCUCUGAGGCCCCCUUGCGAUUUGGAAUCAUUCGGCGCCUACCUUAUCAUCCGUCCACCUACUAGAAUUAGAGAAGCUACCUGUGCAAUCAUCUCAUAACAACCGUUGCCUGUCCCCACAGUUCACCUUUGCAGCGGAGCAUCAUGACGUUGAGAGAGUCCGGCCCAGGGGCGGCACCGGGCCAUUACGUCAAGACAUCGUUCUAUACCACCACCAGGCAACUCCGUCCUCAUCCAGCUCUUUCCAGCGUCCUGAACUUUAUCACCAUCAAAAACUUCUGGCCUUAAUCUUGUUAAAGGACAUAGCUACAAUCCAUCACGGAACUCAUCCCUAAAAACAAAUAACCAACCACCCACCACCAUGCCUCGCGAAGGAACUGGACACUCCGACAACGCCGUCGAGACAGGCCACAACAUCAUCCACGGCGCCGGCGAAGAGAAGCUAUCAUCGCACGUCAACCGCGCCGACAAGGCCGCGCCCCUGCCGGAGCACGAGAAGGGCGCCGGGCUGAAGGACGUGGGCGCCAGCGGCGGGCAGAGCCAGGGGCUCGCGUCGGGGCCGGAGAGGGGCCAGGGGGGUCGGGGGAAGCAGCAUUAGAAGUCAGAUAGAUAUAUGUAUACCUAAGUAAACUGUGAAAUGCAUAUUCGACUUUUUAUUUUUGA